ACCUCCAGCAUUCCAAACCUCAGAUCCCCCGCACGCCGCGCCUCCGAAAUUCCGAAACCCAAAUCAGAGCGCCGCCCCCGGCCCCCGCUGCACGCACCGGGCGGGGGCCCAUGCGGCCGCGCGGCUCCGCGCCCGCGCCACACCGUUGGAACCGAGCGGGCGCGCUAGAUGCCUGAGCCCGGCGGCCGCUGCCUCGGCGACCUCGGCGGUCAGCGCCAGGUGCUCAAGGGCUGGCCUGACCUGUGGCUGGUGGGGGACAAGCCCGGCCUCCGCGCGCUCUCCACCGCGGCCAUGGCCGCCGCGCCCCAGCCGCCGCCGCUCGAGGCCGACCAAACCCUAGCGCUCCCGGACGUGCUUCUCCUCCGCGUCCUCGCCUGCCUCCCUGAGCCCCAGCUCACGGGCGCCGCCUCGCUCGUCUGCAGGCGGUGGACGCGCCUCGCGGGGCGCCUGCGCCGCCGCCUCGCCGUGCGGGACUGGGCCUUCGUCGCGCACCGACUGCCAUACCGCUUCCCGGACCUGGCCGACCUCGACCUGUUCCCGGCCUCUAUCGCCGCGCCCACCACGGCGGUGCCCCACGGCGCCGCUGCCUCCCCGCUUCUCACCUGCGGCGUGGUCUCGCUAACCCUAGACACCAGCGCAGACCCGCCGCUCGGCGCCUGCCGGUUCAUCGACGACGACGCGCUCGACCGGGGACUCGCCGCCGUCGCCGCUAGCUUCCCCAACCUCAGCCGCCUCUCGGCCACCGCCGCCUCUGAGUCCGGCGGGCUCAUGGCCAUCGCUGUCGGAUGCCCGACGCUUCAGGAGCUCGAGCUCCACCGCUGCACCGACCUCGCCCUCCGCCCGGUUUCCGCCUUCGCGCACCUCCAGAUCCUCCGCAUUGUCGCCGCGUCCCCCGCGCUCUACGGCACCGCCGAGGGCGGCGGCGUCACUGACAUCGGCCUCACCAUCCUGGCCCAUGGAUGCAAGCGGCUGGUCAAGCUGGAGCUUCAGGGUUGCGAGGGGAGCUACGACGGCAUCGCGGCUGUGGGGCGCUGCUGUGCGAUGCUUGAGGAGCUCACCAUCGCUGACCACAGGAUGGACGGUGGGUGGCUUGCCGCGCUAGCCUUCUGUGGGAAUCUCAAGACCCUGCGGCUGCAGAGUUGCAGUAGGAUCGACGACGACCCUGGCCCAGCGGAACACCUUGGUGCUUGUCUCACGCUCGAGAGCCUGCAGCUGCAUCGGUGCCAGCUGCGUGACCGUAGCGCCCUCCACGCCCUCUUUUUGGUCUGUGAGGGAGCCCGUGAGAUACAGUUCCAGAAUUGCUGGGGGCUUGAAGAUGAUAUGUUUGCCUUGGCUGGCCUAUGCAGGAGAGUAAAAAUCCUGUUGUUAGAAGGGUGCUCACUAUUAACAACUCGAGGUCUAGAAUCGGUGAUAACCUCAUGGGGCGACCUCCAGAGUCUAGAAGUUGUUACCUGCAACAAAAUCAAGGAUGAGGAAAUAACUCCUACCCUUGCAGAGCUUUUCUCCAAUCUCAAAGAGCUGAAGUGGCGGCCCGACAACAAGUCACUUCUUGCUGCAAGCCUCGUUGGCACUGGGAUGGGAAAGAAGGGCAGGGUAUUUUUCAAAAGGCUUAUCUUACCUGCCCAUCAACGAAUCAAAGGGAAGGUGCUCAACAAUUCAGCAGGUGUUGCUGCUUAGUUGGAUUGCUAGUCGAAACUAGGCUACCGCACAAAGUUCCUAGUUCUUGACUUGAUCAAAGUCAACCACGUUUCUUGAUACUCAAAAGCCGUACACAAUGUGGCAUCUGUUCUUCCACUUAAGACCAAGGACAGUCAUAACUAGUCAGAACCUGGUAGUUUGAUGAUGCACAGUUUCGGGUACCAGGCGCCUGAUUUGUGUUUGUACCUGUGUUCAUGUGUUGUAACUGACAAGCUGAGGUUUGCUCAGAGGAGCCUGACCGUAGUAUUUCUGUAUGAGGAAAAGCAUUGCUUCAUAAAUUAUGGCAGAGUUAAAUUAUGGA